CUCACGCAGCGAAAGGCCGAGGAUAAACCUGGAACGACAGCCAGUGGAUGGGUCGUGACUUCACGCUGGCACGGCUUCUUUAGAGCGCUUCGUUGUUGCCAAAGCAUCUUUGGUUGCCGUAGCAAUAUUUAAUUGACAGCUGUCCGCCGGGUGGGGCGUGUUUUGCUUGUUUAGAAGGUACGUUUUCUUUUCCACUUGACUUUUUCUUUUGAGGUCAAAUGCAUAGCGGACGCGUUAAAAGUGUACCCGGGUUGCACUCGCGCCCCACCGAGCCCGUCUCACCCGUUUUUUUUUUUUUCCGUUUUGUUUGUUCCCCGCCACCACCGCCCCAACCCCUGCCAGUGGGUCACUGCCACCCGGACGUGGUUUCGGCGGGCGCGCGUCAGAUGCAGACGCUGAACACCAACUCUCGUUUCCUGCACGACAACCUGGUGCUGUACGCCCAGCGGCUGCAGGCCACCCUGCCCGCCGACCUCUCCGUCUUCUACUUCGUCAACUCUGGAUCGGAGGCCAACGACCUGGCGCUCCGCCUCGCCCGGCAGUACUCGGGCAGCCAGCAUGUAGUCACCCUGGACAACGCCUAUCACGGCCACGUGACAUCGCUCAUCGAAAUCAGCCCCUACAAGUGGCGUGACGCGCCGAACGCGCAGCUGAGUCCAUUUGUCCACGUGGCCCCGAGCCCGGACGUGUACAGGGGGCGGUACAGACGCGACCACCCGGAUCCCGGAAAAGCCUACGCCGACCAAGUCCGAGACAUCAUAGAGCAAGUGCAAACGCAAGGAGGCAAGAUUGCCGCUUUUAUUGCGGAGUCGUUGCAGAGUUGCGGCGGGCAGGUGAUCCCCCCCGCUGGCUACUUUCAGCAAGUGGCCGAGCACGUCCACAAUGCAGGGGGACUCUUCAUCGCCGACGAAGUGCAGGUGGGCUUCGGCCGGGUGGGGACCCACUUCUGGGGCUUCCAGCUUCAGGGCGACGACUUUGUCCCCGACAUCGUCACCAUGGGCAAAUCCAUGGGCAACGGGCACCCCGUGUCGUGCGUGGUCACCAAAAGGGAGGUGGCCGAGGCCUUCGCGACUUCCGGGAUGGAGUAUUUCAACACGUUCGGAGGCAACACCGUGUCGUGCGCCAUCGGCCUGGCCGUCCUGGACGUGAUCGCCAAGGAAGAUCUGCAGGGUCGGGCUCUGCGAGUCGGGGAGUACCUCGUGUCCCUGCUGGAGAAGCAAAAGUCGAAGCACCCUCUGAUCGGCGACAUCAGGGGUCGCGGCAUGUUUGUGGGCGUGGAACUGGUGAGGGACCCGUCCAAGCUGACGCCCGCUACGGCGGAGGCCCAAGAAGUCAUCUAUCGGUUGAAGGAGGAGCGCGUCCUGCUGAGCGCCGACGGGCCGCACCGCAACGUGCUCAAGUUCAAGCCCCCGCUGUCCUUCGGCGCCGACGACGCCGACUUCGUGGUGGACAAAAUCGACGCCGUACUCACCGGUGCGACACGGGAAGUCCCUCGCGUCACCUCACCGGCGCGAGCCGACUCACAAAUUGGGACUUGUGGUUGUCUUGAACAGAGAUCGAAGCCGCCACGGGUUUGAACGUGCGCAACGGAGAGAAAGAUGUCAACUGAGGAAAGGUAAAGGCAGCUCGAUGGAAUAUCAUUUCAAAUUUUUCUUGCCACCUUUUGAUGGGUAACAGCUGAUUAAGUAUUUCAAAUACACGAUUAAAUUCUCAUCUUUACCAUCACCGAGCCAAAGAUGUUGACAAUUACCCGGAUUAACAACCUUUG